GAUAUUGCAGCAUGAAGAAGGAGCAAGUUGUCAACUGUCAGUUUUCGGUUUGGUAUCCGAUAUUCAAGAAACAUUCGAUUAAAAGCCUGAUUCUCCCACUGCCUCAGAAUGUAAUAGACUAUUUACUGGAUGAUGGCACACUGGUAGUCUCUGGGAGUGACCAUAACACACAGCAGACACACGCUAACAACAGUGACUCAGACGCAGAGGAAGACAUUCAGUGGUCAGAUGAUGAGACAACCACCACUGUUACUGCUCCUGAGUUCCCAGAAUUCACCUCUAAAGUGCAGGAGGCCAUAAACGCCCUGGGUGGGCGCGUCUUUCCCAAAUUGAACUGGAGCGCUCCACGGGAUGCUAACUGGAUUGCACUGAACAGCUCCCUACAGUGUGACAGCCUUAGCGAUAUAUUUCUGCUCUUCAAAAGUUCAGACUUCAUCACCCACGACCUCGCGCAGCCAUUCCUUGCAUGUAGUGACCAGGACUCCCCAGAUCCAGUCAUAAACUAUGAGCUGGUCCUCAGAAAGUGGAGCGAGUUGAUUCCCGGAGGAGAGUUUCGCUGCUUCGUCAAAGAAAACAAACUGAUCGCUAUCUCCCAGAGAGACUACACUCAGUAUUACCAGCACGUCUGGAAGCAGGAGGAGCAGAUCUGUCACGCCAUUCAGGCAUUCUUCAGCCAGCACAUCCAGUACAACUUCCUGGACGAAGACUUUGUGUUUGAUGUCUACAGAGAUAGCCAGGGGAGGGUGUGGCUGAUAGACGUGAACCCGUUCGGAGAGGUGACAGACUCGCUGCUGUUCAGCUGGGGGAGGAACUGGCGGGUGGGGGGGAAAUCACCCAGCAGCAGGUCAGUCAUCGAAGGCCCGGCGUUUCGCUGCACCACCAGCGAGGUGACGGUGCAGCCCAGUCCCUGUCUGAGCUACAGAAUCCCGCGGGACUUUGUCGACCUCUCCACCGGAGAAGACGCCUACAAACUCAUCGACUUCCUCAAACUGAAGAAAAGCCAACAGGAAGAUUCUGAGGAGGAGGAGGAAGAGGAGGCGGCGAACGUUCCACAGUGACACAGCUUUAUCUGGAAGCUGAAGAGUAGCUGCUAGUGUCACCAGGCCUCCAUAUCAUGUUUUUCUGCACAAAGUGACUCUUUACCUCUCUGUCCUGUUUGAGCUUCUUUUUUCCCUUUUCUCUCACCCGAUUGUAAACUGCACACAGUGUACGCGGAGUUUCCUAAAUAGCUCUCUUGUGUUACGUCUUAUUGAACAUGUUGAAUUAGCAGUAUCACGUUAA